GUCAGAUGCAAAGGGGGACCACAGGGUAUCCCAGACUUAGCAAAGGGGGGAUGACAGGAAAUUUUACAAAAGGGUGACUCAAAAAGUCGUUCCUGAGGGGUUAAGCAUGUCGGCAUCCUUUGAUCUCUGCGAUUUUUCUGAGGGGUAAGGGGAAAAUUUACAAAUUUCUGAGGGGUGUUUUGUGUCGGCACUUUGAUCUUUUUUUCUUAGGGGUUAAAAUUUUACGGGGGGGGGGGGGGGGGGGUGUGGAUAUUAAAUGGAAUGGCCCUUAAACCUGCGAACAGGCAUACUCUGAUUGGUUCCAAUAUGGCGGUACGUUGUUUUGGUCUUAUUAUUAUUUUAAUGUCAACACUUUUUCUCUCGUACUACUUUAUGACUGGUCCUAAGGAAUUAUUGCACUAUUCACACUCUUAUAAAUCUUCUCUUUUGGCAGAAGGCUCUGAAAACAUGUGCGGCGAUCUUUAUGACAUUGCAAGACAUAUGCUGAAUGGCUCACCAGUUUCGUUACCAUUUUAUACUACAAACCAUACACGUUGGAAAUUUUACAAAGGAAAAAAUCCUAACCUGUUGGAUGAAACGUUGUUAAUCUGGAAUUCAAAGGGGGAAAUGUCCAAAGAAGUUCGAGCUUUCAUCAACCUAUACAACAAGACAAAAGCAAAGGAUAUUAAAGUCAGGAAACAUUUUAUAACUUUUGCUAAUGAGUGUUGUCAUAUGUCCAAAUUGAAAGCUGUUAUGAGCGCUUUGUAUCCUGGUGGAUUUGACAAGACCAAGAUACACGAUUUGAGUUCUUUAAGUGCUGGGUUUAAGAGAACUCACAGUAAGAUUUUAACGCAUGUUCGAGGUAGCGGAUAUUGGCUUUGGAAACCAUAUAUUAUACUCAAAACUCUUGUGGAAAAUAUGGCAGCUGGUGAAAUAUUAAUGUACCAAGAUUCUGGUGCUUACUUAAUCCAAGAUGCGGGCCCAUUACUCAAACUAUGUGAACAUACUAAGUAUGGCAUCUUACUAUUCUAUAUAACUUUCUUGGAACAGCAUUAUAGUAAACGAGAUGCAUUUGUGCUUAUGCAUAUGGAUAAUCAACAUGUUUACCAGACGUUUCAAAGUUCAGCAUCGUUUAUGUUGUUUCAAAAGAACUGCAUGUCAUUACAGUUCGUUAUGGAAUGGUUAGCGUAUGCCUCUGAUCCACGAUUAAUUACAGACAUGGACAAUACAUUAGGUAAACAAAAUUUGCCUGGUUUCAGAGAACAUCGGCAUGACCAGUCGAUACUGUCAUUGCUUUCUAAGAAAUGGCAGAUAAUGGCAUAUCGGACACCUAGCCAGUAUGGUAACACAUUAGGCUACAAGGCUGGACCUUACAGUCAAAUCAUUAUGCAUAACAGAAAUAGGAAUUGAUAGUUGAACAAACAUGGUAAUGUUUAAUGUUGAUGAUGUCCACUCCUUUGCGCAUGUGCAAACUUUGUUUACGUUUUUGAACUGUUAUAUUUGUAAAAUAUGAUAUACUAACUGAAUAUCAAACACUUUUCUGGUUCGUUAUGCUUGUAAAUGAAUAUAAACUGUACGUUUCAAUUCAAAAAAGUUCAAAAGAUGCACAAUUUGGGCAGAACUGGUGUGCAAAAUGGAGUGGAAAUCAUCUUUGACAGAAGGGCCAUUUAUAUAAGCAAAAAUAAGCCACAGGAGUCUCACUCCAGUAGCUUGCAAGAUGUUUGUGGCACAAGUAUUUUUUUAUUAAUUUUUUAAUUCAAUAAUUUUUUGGGGGGGCCCAAAGCUAUCACAGCCCCCCCCCCCAUAAAAUAUUGGGGGCCGCAACCCCCAUCCUUCCUACACCCCUGGUCUCAAGAAAGGUGAUCUAUUAAGCUGCAGCUUAUUUUCACUUGUAUAAAUGGCUCAAAAGAGUAUUUCAGAUUUAUAUUACAGAACAUUUAUAUUGUAAAAAAGAAAGUUUUAUUUUUGUACAUUUAUUUUGCACAACUAUAUAUUAAAUCAAAUUAUAUUAUUGUCACUAAUUGAUGGCAGAGUGAUUUAAUUAUUUAAUAUUCGACAACUACUAAAUUAUUAUAACAGUGUAGUGCCAGGAUACUCGCCACAGUGUCCCCAAUUACGACGAGUCCUUAAUAAAUAUAAAGUUUGUUCGUUCACUGCAACCAGGUAUAUCAAUCAUGUUUCGCUCGCUACUCUGGUUUAAAUAAAUGAUUACAAAGCCCAGUCGAAUUGUAAUCAAGACCCAACGUUUCGACACUCCAGUCUAGUGUCUUCAUCAGGGGUGAUCUGAAACUGCGAUCGAGGCUUCUUAAAUACCCAAGGGAUGACGUCACCUGCCAAGAAGAUGCAUAUAUUCUUCUGGCAAAUAGGCGCCGUCAUCCCUAUUCAUCAUGCUUUGAAUAGGGAUGUUUCAAGUGAAAUUAAAUUAUAAAAAACAACACAAAAUAAAAAUAACACGACAUACCAGAGGUGUAACUUAACACUUGCUUGCUUGCCCGGACAAGUGAAUAUCAUGACAGGCAAGUAAACAUUUUAUCUUGCUUGCCCGAUUGAGCUAGUUGCCUUGCCACAAAAAAACUGGGCAUCAUUAAGUUUAUGUUUUAAUUGUCGGAUAAUUUUUUUAUAGUGCAUGUACUUGAUUCAAAUUUGUUUUUGUGGGCCAAAGCUAGAUCUGAGGCAGUAUAACAUAUCCAUAUAGAGCUGCAGUAGGAGAACGGGUCGACAAGAUUUCCCCUUAAUUUAUACCCCCUACCUAGGUACCCCAGUGGCCAUUGUCUGAUGGCAAGUGAAUGUUAUUCAGGGCAACUAAUUUUCGCAAGUGGUCAAAAAAGUAAAGUUACACAGUGGUGUAUAUACUAUCCAGAUAAAUCACCUAGAUUAAACAUGGGUGGUUGGGUAGGGUAAACUUGCUGCAACUAGGCAAAACAUACAAAUACCCAGAUCAAAGCACUGGUCACAAGGCGUGAAAAAUCCCCUUUGAUUGAUAAGAUGUCACUGACUCCCCUCAGCAGAUGUAGCAUGCAGAAUACAUCCGCCGUUAUUCCAUUAACCUCCCUGAGAGAUGGACUUGAACCAAGUCUACCGUUAACCUUGCUUAAAUGUAUUUAACCACAUUAAAAUUUUUAAAUCAACAAAAUAAAUUAAUGAUGGACAGACUUUUCCAUGUAAAUCUAAUUCCUGCAUUACUACAAAAGGAAAUGUCUUUCCAUGAAUGUGUGAUUCUUAAAUCUAUCAUGGAAAACUAUGAGUUCAAUGAAAUAGGUGUCCAUUGGCAAGUCAAUGCUUGAAGGGAAGAAAAAUUUAAUGUUUAAAUCUAUCAUGAAAGAAUAUCUGUUCAUACGGCCCAGAUGAAUGGUAACGUGUUCUUGGUACAGAUUCACCAUAUUGACUUGGAUCUCGGUAAGCUGGCAAACCCCAUUUUUUUGAAAGGAGAGACAUUACAGACUGAUCAUGUCGAUGAGCAUGAAAUGAUUCUGGAUUAGGUAUACCAAGGGUGUUAGGGUCGUCCGAUACAAUUUGUCUAUCAGAUGCAUAAGCUAACCAUUCCAUUACAAACUGGAUAGAUGUACAACUCUUUCGUAACACAACAAACGAGGCCAAACGUUGAAACGUGUCAGCCGCUUCGGGAAAACUCAUGUUCAUAAGUAUCAAUGUAUCCUGUUUUGUGUAUUCAUGUUCAAUUUUUUGAAGACUGAACACAAUUAUACCAUCUUUCGAUUGUUCACAUAAUUUUAACAGUGGUCCUGCAGAUCUUAUGAAAUAUGCCCCUGCAUCCUGAUACAUGACAAUGUCCCCCUCGUUCAUAUUUUCCAGCAAAGUUUUUAACACAAUAUAAGGUUUCCAUAACCAAUACCCUGCACCACGAAGAGUCUUGAGCACAUCCUUGUGUGUCUCACGAAAUCUUAGUGACAUUGAAUCCAAAUUAAACGAAUGGACAUAAUCAAACCCCCCGACAGACUUCGCCUUGUAUAAAGCACGUUGUUUUGAAUAUGCACAACAAUUAUGACCAAAAGUUAUCAAUACUGUCCUUGCUUUAAUCUCACUCGAAUUUGCAUUAUAAAAUUUUCUCGUUUUUUCCAAAUUUUCCUCAAAUAUAAGAUUCUUUUUAAUUAAUUCUUUUGGGGCAGUUUGUUUGAAUUCCCACAACGUUUUUCGUUUAUUAAACGGUAAAAUAAUUGGCUCGCCAUCCACGAGAAGUCGUGCAGUUUUUAAUAAGUCUUUGCAAGACAACGUUUCUUGGUUCAUCUCGGGCAAAAUCCCUCUUUCCUCGGGUAGAAAUCUAUAUAUUACGUACCAAUUAUUGGAUCGAUAAACUGCAAAAUACGCCACGGUAAAUAAUAAGCACAAUAUUCCCAUGUUUCUUUUCCGGGGAUUUCGUUGUGCGUUUUGAAAUAUUGUUCUCCAAAACGUUACAAUCCAUAACUGAAGCGAUCUGGCGCUUCUAUAUAUCAUUUUUCAAAGCAAAACCCUCGAGAACUUGUUGACAAAAUAGUAAAUUAUUUUCUGUAUUACAUGUAUAAACAGGUGAACUACAAACAAUACCCAAUAGAGGUGUGCAUCGGAUCGGAUUGGACGUUUAUAAUCCGACAAUUGGCUAAUGUUUAAAAUCCGAUCCGAAAUUGUCUAAUCCGAAUCCGAUCCGAGUUUUGAUAAAGAAUUCCAAUCCGAU